AUGGCUGAUGCUCAUAGUGAAAGACAAACAUCAAUAUUUUCACCGCCAUUCUAUUCAUCACCUACUGGGUAUAAAAUGAGAGCAAGACUAUAUUUAAAUGGUGAUGGUAAUGCUCGUCAUACACACAUGUCACCUUCCUUUGUUUUAAUGACUGGAGAAUAUAAUGGUAUUCUUAAAUGGCCAUUUAAUCACAAAGUUACAUUCUGCUUAUAUGAUCAAUCAAGUCAAAACCGUCAUGUAAUAGAUUCAUUUCGACCUGACAUUAAAUCAAAUUCAUUUCAACGACCACACUCAGAUAUGAAUAUUGCAGGUGGAAUACCUGAAUUUUUUCCUGUAUCAAUGAUUCAGCAGACUGGCAAUGGUUAUUCAAAUUAUUAUUGA